AUGAGUACUGCAGAACAGGAAUAUAAGAUUGAUUCUACUGAAAAAUUUUUUCUUAAUUAUGAUAAUCAGUACUCUCAGGAUAGCUAUGGAUCUGGAUCCGGACCUUUGAACCUUCAGAAUCAGUCUUCUGAAGCCAUUCAAUCUCACCCUCCUAUCACUGAAAUUUUAUCCGCAAAUCUUACCGUACCGGAAGUCGCUGCUUAUCAACAAGUUCGUACUGAAAACUCAUUUAGUUCUGAUAAGUAUUCGACUGGUGAGUGUUUUAAUAUACUUGGAGAUAGUGGAUACGAUGAACAGAUGAUGCCUUCAUAUACCGAACAAUGCUAUGAUUAUAGUCUUCAGUCUAACUCAGGAUGUCAAAGUCUCAACACAUCCACCUACCAAGUCGAGCAAUCUGAAGAUGAAUUUCGUCCUUUCGUCCAAGAUACAAGAAACGAUAUGUACAAUUAUGCCUCAGUUAUGCAAAAUAACAGUGAUUAUGGUGAUUUCUACGGGAAUUCUGACAAUCAGGGUCUUUCAAAUCACGACUUUUCUAGCUAUGCUGGACAUGAACCACGAAAAAGAAGGGUUUAUGAAAGUGAUCCAAACAGGCUGAGAUCUUCUUCAAAUUGUCAGUUGAAUCCAACUGCUGUCGCAAUCAUGGAUGCCUGGUACAGAAAACACCUAGAUCGACCGUAUCCAAAUAAAGAAGAGAAGCUGAAUAUGGCUAUUGCUGGAUCUAUCACAGAAACUCAGGUUGGCUCCUGGUUUGCUAAUCGGCGUAAUCGAAGUAACAACACACGACCCAAACAAAAUAUGAAACGUUUAAAGUCGGCUAUUUCUUCACUUUGUAUGGAAUAUCAAGCUAGAUGCAAUGGACUCAUAAACGGUUCAGAAUUACAAGCUAGAAUACUUGCUCUAAUUGAGCAGCAUAUGAAAGUAUAA